AUGGGAAACGGUGAAGCCGGAACACCUUCCAAGACUGAAAAGACUUCUUCCUCUGUGCAGGUAUUCCGGCAAAGAUAUCAUCUGAGAUGUCUCCUUUUCUCGUUAAAUGUUAACGAAUCCCUGUUUGAUUUCAUAAUUUUUUAUUUCUUAACGUUAUAAAGGUUGUUCUCGAUCGUAUUGUUCGUUCUGGCAGGAACAGGGUGGCGUUCAACAAUAUCCCGAUUGGGCUGCCAUGCAGGUCAAAAGUCUUCUCAAGUCCUCCUCAAAAGUCUUCUCGAUCGUAUUGUUCGAUCUUCUAAAUUUGUGACCUCGCUUUUCAGGCUUACUAUGGUCCAGGAAUUGCCAUGCCCCCCCAUUAUUUUGGCACCACAGCGGUGACAUCUGGCCAUGCAGCUCAUCAUCCAUACAUGUGGGGUCCACAGGUAGUCAAAACUCUCUUUUGCUAUGUUGUGGUAGUUCAGUGUGAAAUCCUGAGAAAAAUAUGGAUGGCCCGACAUGUCUUGAUGCUAUUGACUCUAAAAGAGUCAUUGAUAGAAAAUGUGCUGUAGAGUGCACCUCCAGAAUAAUCAAUAGAGUGAAGGGUAUCUCUAGUUCCAUAUCACAUGCGAAAAUGGCCAGCUAAACUAUGCUACUAGGUUGACGAGACUACGAUUAGAUGGCGCAUUUCUUGACAUUCAUCUCAUCCAUACUAUUACCAACAUUUUUGGGAUACAGGUACAUCUGGUCAUGUAUCUCACCCUUGCCAACGAGUCCACGUGUACUUGGAGCUUCUCCUUUUGCCAAGGAGUCCACUUCUUUAUGAAGAGUAUCUGUAGUGGUCCAACUCAAAAUCUCAAGAAGUGUGUAGGUUUUAGCCUGGCAUUUUCCUGCUAUUAAGGAGGUGACAAGAUGUUUGAUGGGAUAGCACAUGACUUUACAUCGUUAUAAUCGCCUUGCUUCAGAAAGAAGUGUUAAAUCAUUGGUAGAGCCUAGAAACUUGGCUUGUGUACUAACAGACGUUUUAUAGUAGUCACAUGUCGCAAGAGGAAUAAGAUCUAAUUUUGCGUUCAUACUAUGCUCACAGGUAAUUGGUUUGGAGCCGUAUGAUCGAAUGUUUAAUAUUGUGAUUUUAAACUCUUUAAUCAUCUUCAUGAGCUAUUUUGUACGAACCCCCUUCAAAUUGGGGAACUAAUUUUUAAGGAUGUCAUCUAGAUACCUUCUGAGCAUUUCCGUGCCAAUGAUUUUCAGAGUCUAGCCAUUUAUAUAAGUCAUUGACACACAAUUUUUAAUAUGUGCAAUCCUUGGGUAAUGUUCUUUGUGAUGAAAGUUGCAUAACAUAACAUCUUACUUAAUAUCACACGAAAUAGAUCUUUGAAUGCAAACUAAAGCUUUCAUGUUGAACAGCUGUGUGUCUCAUCUGGUUUCAUAGACCUUAUCAACAGCAAUAAGCGUUUUGACUGACAGAAGCUGGACAGGAAUUACGCAAUUCUUAACCUAAAAAUUCCCAAAGAAAUUUGAAUUUCAUAGUAAUAUUGUCUGUGCCAUUUUGUGAUGACAUUUUUUUUUUUGAAGUACUUGAGAAAUUCUUGAUGCAUGAUUAUUAGAAUUUUCUUGUUCCAAGGAACGGUAGACUUGAGUGCUCCUAGUUCAGCAUAAGUUGACGAUCUAAGAACUUUGAUCUCAUGGGCAUUAAGAAUCCCUGUUAGGAAUAUAUACCUACUAUGAAUAGUCAUUCUUACUUCUCCUUUUAUAGAAAGUUUCCUGGUACUCGCAGAAUAAUUGAAACUUUUGGUGGAAAUUUGUGUUAGGAUUGAAGACUUGCCAGAUAGUUGACUUUUAAUUUAUUUAUGUUUUAUUUCAUUGCCGCAAUGGAUGGUGCAUUUAUUUGGGCCACAUAUAUGGUCACAGGCUAUAUAUAAAGUAGGCUGAGUUUUUCUCCAUGAUCUAUCUUUAACAGCCUAUGAUGCCGCCUUUUGGGACGCCAUACCCUGCUAUCUAUCCCCAUGGCGGAGUUUAUCCCCAUCCAUCAUCAUCUCUUGUAAGUCCUUCCAAUGGUGCUGUCCAAUUAGACGUGUGAUUCUCAUCUUGACUUCCGAGAUUUAAAAGAAGCAAAUUGCGUCGGGUUUUGAAAUGUCCCGUCUCCAGGGAAGACCUAAGGGACUGUAACAUGUGCAGCAAGCGAAGCUUUGGUCAACGAAGUUUUCUCUGUUCCGGUGGUCUUUGUCCUCUUUUAUUGUGAUGCAGUUCUUUUGGAACUCAGCCUAGGUCCUUUAUAUCAUCUUAUGAUCUGUCUUUACGCGAUGAAAUAUAGUUUGCAAUCUUUCUUUCUUUUUCUUUUUCUUUUUUUUUUUUUUUUUUUUUUGGGAGACAUGAUUACAGUGGUUGUUUGCAGACGGCAACUCAAGAGAAAACGACCAAGACAUCGAACAGUAAAGAUCAUGGCCAGACGAAGAAACUAAAGGGACCUGAUGGUCUCCCAGUUUCGGCAUGCAAUGGCAGGGACAAGAACGAAGCAGGAGGUGGCUCACAGACCAGGUCACAGAGGUUUGCCUACGUAUCAUCUUUCUCCCAGCAGUAUUAUUGUCCAUUAGACGCCCGGGCAACUAGGUUUCUCUAUGCUCUUUAUUUAUUUUUCUUUCUCUGCAUGCUGUGACAGCACCGAAGAUGGGACAGAAGGCUCAAGCGAUGGAAGCGAUGGCAACAAUGUAAGUGGCGUAGCACUCUGCCUGCACUGCUUGGCUUUCCUUGUGUUGGGAUCGAUCUGAUGCCCUCGUCACUUGUUAGGAAAACCAGACCCACGGGAAGCCGAUCUUGGAGGAUUCUGCCGCAGGUGCAUUUUUCUCGAGUUUAGUGAACUUUCUUUUUAGAGAAACCCUGUAGAUAUGAUAUUAUUCGAUUGGUCAUGACCCGUUGUCAGUAUUAGCGUGUAAUAGUUUUCAAUGAAUGUUUUAAGAAAGGCAAUGUUUUUUUUAAUGCUGGUGUGUUUUCCUUUAUAACGGGUUAUUGAGAUCUAUCAAACGUGAAUACUUCAGGAAAGCCAGUGGCCAUUAGGACUGUGCCAGGCCCCGAGAUUAGGGUCCCCAGUGCUGCAAAGGCAAAGAUAUCAGUCCCAGUUCCAUUAUCCAGUAAUGCGACCCCGCCGGGUCGCGAUGGUGGGCAUUCUGAUCUGUGGGUCCACGUACGUAAAUUUUGAAAAUUUCUAGUACCUCUCUCUCUCUCUCUCUCUCUCUCUCUCUCAUGCCUGCUACUGUUUCUUUUGCUUUAUCUUGCUCUUGUAUUCCAAUUACAUUGUAAUAAACAGCGAUUGCCACAGGAUGAGAGGGAGCUGAAGCGGGAGAGGAGGAAGCAGUCUAAUAGGGAAUCUGCCAGGAGAUCGAGGUUGAGGAAACAGGUACUGCUGGAGGAGUGUCCCUUUGUGUGAUCUCUAUCUGGGUUCCUUGUUCUUCUUCUCCAUUACCAGGUUUAGUGAUCCUGUGAUCCCUCCUCUCCAGGCUGAAACUGAAGAACUUGCUGAAAAAGUCAAAGCUCUGAAGGCCGAGAAUAUGGCUCUCAAGUCUGAAAUCAGUCGGCUUUCUGAGAACUCGGCAAACCUCAGACAGGAGAACUCUGCUCUUAUGGUACAGGCCUCCCCAACAUCUUUCUUCUCGAUUCUCUCCAUGCCACGACGAGGCUAAUCGCAUCUCUCUCUCUCUCUCUCUCUCUCUCUCUCUCUCUCUCUCUCUCUCUCUCCCUCUCUCUCUCUCUCUCUCUCUCUCUCUCUCUCUAGGAUAAACUAAACAAUGUGCAGGCAGACCAGAAAGCUGAAUGUCCUCCGGACAAGGUUGAACCCGAAGCGGAAGCUUCUCCGCGGGCAGGCACGGAGAACUUCCUAUCUAAAAUAAACAACUCCAACUCCGCUGGGAGAAGCGAGCAGCCGGAUAACGAGACGCAAGAGAACUUGGGGAAGCUUCAGCAGCUCCUGGAGUCCAAACCCAAAGCUGAUGCCGCCAUCGCGGGCUGA